UAAGCUAUUUUAAUCUGUUAUAUUAAACUAUUCUCUUUUUUUUUCAUGAUUAACUUCACUUACGGAAUAUAUGAUUCGUUAUAUAUAAUUUAAUGUUUAUAAUUCAGUGAUAGUAUAAAAUAAUAUUACUAGUAAAUAAAUAAAGAAAUAAAAAUCGGAAUAGACGUGUCACAUCUAAAGCAGGAUUUCCACUACAGUUUACUCCUACAGUACGGAGAGUCUUUUUAUUCCUCAGUAUUUUUUUCUGCACCAAUUUUGUUGAAUUUACUUGUUUUAAUCCAUCAAAGUUUUAGCUUUGUUUGUUAAUCACAAUAAAGUUCAAUUUUUUCUGCGAAUUUCAAGCUUAAAAAAAACAUGAAGGUUCAUCCAGUACCGAGGACCUUUGGUUUGUCUCCGUCAAACGCCUCCGUUUGCCGGAAAAAGAAGCUCAGGCGGCUACCCCAUAUCUUCGCGAAGGUUCUGGAACUUCCGUUUCAUUCCGAUUCCGAUGUUUCAAUUCAGGAAACUCGUGAUUCGCUGCGAUUCGUCAUCCCAACUGAUGAUGUCGGUGAUGAUGAUAAUAUUAGGACCCACAUAAUUGAGAUCUAUCCAGGUGUUACUAAGAUUGUUAUACGAGGCGACCACGAUGUUUCUGAUUCAUCUUUGUCUGGUUUGGAGAUCGACUUGUGGCGGUUUCGGCUUCCGGGGUCAACUGUGCCGGAGCUGGCUAGUGCCUGUUUCAGCGACGGUGAGCUGGUGGUCACGGUGCCUAAAGGGGAGGAGGACGGUGCCGAUGGCGAUGAUCAUGACCCUCAAGGAUCAUGAAUUCAAGAAAUUCAAGAACAUGAACUAGGAGUCUGUUUCCGUUGUUCAAACUCGUGACCUCUUUGUCACAUGGCAGCAGUUUUAUGAGUUACGUCAAGGCUCCACUUCUAUUAUUAGUUGUACAGCUAAUCCUAUAAUUAGUAGGACACCCCAGAAAGGAGAAAAAAAUGCUCUUUGUGAAAUUUCAAUGGCAAUGCAUAGUCAAAGCUUGCUUAAAAGUUUUGGUAUUUGAGUUCUAGGAGUUUUUAAUAAUCACAACACGGCGUACCUUGAGUUGCUUAUUGGAUUGUUCUAUAUACUAUAUUAGAUAAGAUUUAUGAUUGCCAAAGACUGAACUCUCCUCUUUCAUACAAGAGUAUUUAUUUUUUGCACCCAAGGGUGUGACCUAGUGGAUCAAUGAAGUUGGGAUGAGCACCAUGAGGUCUCAGGUUCAAUUCCCAGCAGAGACAAACACCAGGUGUUUUCUUCCCAUUUGUUCUAGCUUUGGUGGACAGAGUUAUCUGGUACCUGGUGCUGGUGGGAGGUGGCAGGUAUCCCGUGGAUUUAGUCGAGUUAUCUAAAAAAAUAAAAUAUAGGAGUAUUUAUUUUUGAGUGAUUGCCCGUUGUUAUAGUCUUAAGGAAAUCAAGAUAUCUGUAUAUGUACAUGUGGAUGUCUUACUUCUUCCCUUUCUUGUGGUUUAAGAUUAAGUCUAGUCGUCCACAACAAUAUUGCUUUUUUGCUUACAGAAAUGUUUGUUCAUCUGAAGUACUUUGUAUGAUGAUUGCAAUGUUGUGGCACCUCUGUAAAGUUGAUUUUUCCAGUUCCUUUUACUUCCUAAUCUUGAUGCGCUUGUGCAUGUCAAAGCAGCUAGAUAUAAGGUGAUGAUGCUUGUGUAACUCUGUUAAGACAGCUCCAAUUUUCUAAUCAAGAGGUACCUGCAGCCUCUGGUUCUCUGAAAUAUCUUACAGAACAUAAUAUGUUGGUUGUUCUAGUAGCUUGAUUGUUGUUGAUCGUACUGGAGACGCUUGGCUAUUGUAAGUUGGAGUGAUUGAGAAAUUUCAGAACGAACUUCAGGGAAGCAUAAAUGUGACAAUGGUGAUAACUUAAUUAGUUGCAUCCACCCAGGGGUGUGAUCUAGUGGACAACGAAGUGGGUGAGAACCAUGAGGUUUCGAGUUUAAAUCCCAGACAAAACACUAGGUGCUUUCUUCUUAUCUAUCCUAGUUUUGAUGGAUAGAGUUACUUGCGCACCUGGUAGGAGAUGGCAGGUAUCUGUGGAAUUAGUCGAGGUGAGCAUAGACUAGCCGUUAUCAAAAACAAAAUCCGUCAAUCUUGUGCAGUCCCUGUGCUAUUUAUAUGGUACUUAGUUCUACCUUUUCUGAAAUUUUGUGUUCUUUGAA